GUGUGAGUGAGUGCUGAGGUUUUUUCUAGACAAGCGUUUUUUUGACGAAAGUAAGUACAACUUGAACUUAAACAGAGUUGAUGCAAUGAAAUCUACCGGAACUGGGGCGUGACGGCGUGAGGAUUUACUCAUGGAUAUUCUUUUGGUUUUGAAUGCAAAUGUAUUCAGCACACUAUCAGAUAGAAACAAAGUUUAAACUUAAAAGGGAAAAAUACUUCUACAAAACAAACGCGCGACAUCAUGGCGAAAAUGAUGAGUAAAAUGGGGAUGAAAAAGAUGGGAUUGGGGAUGAAAAAAAUGGCGGAAGCGAAGGUAUGAAAAGUUUUCUGGUUGUUCGUUUUCUGAGCAGUGUGCUCUUCUUUCGUUGUCGCACAAGAGGGCUGCACUCAGGGCAGAUCUGUUCGUUCAUUUUGUGACUUCAGACGCGACACGAUCUUUUACCCUAGGCGGUUUCAUGAAAAUUUUAGUGUUUCUUGUGCAUGACAAACACAAACUUCAAUCUAACCCCAGGUGGUGAGCAAGGUGGCGAAGAAGCGGAGGAUUUACGCGGUGCGGAGGAAGGUGGUGAAGGGAGAAAUGAAGCGGACCGGAGGAGGUUUGGAGAAACCGGAUUUGAGGAAGAAGGUGACUGGGAAGUGCGUCAGUGUGAAGGUCGUCGCGGCGGUGAAGAAGUCCAAGCAGUACAAGAAAGUCAUCGCCUGGAGUAUUGUCCUGCUUUGCUGUUCUUGUUUUUGACUUUUCGGCGCGCCACUUUUUUGGCUCCGCCGCUUCCCUCUUGUUGGUUCUAAUUUUCCCUGUGGUGUUUGUCGACGAACACGAAAGCACCGCCAUCAGUGAUUUGAACCAAGCUGACUCAGUUCACACAACAGACGCAGCAUUUAUGAAGGCGAGAAAGGAGCUGAAGUUGGAGGGUUUUGUGCCGUGCGGAGGCAAAACUGCGAAGGGCAAGGCGUUCCUGGCCACGACCCGCAAGUUUUACAAGGCCUAAACCACGAGGGUGGCGCGUUGGCCCGGGCUGAGGUGCUCCUGUUUGGUUAUGGUGGACCCAUUCCAUUGGUUGAGCUCCAGCGCCGACUGGCCAUGUAAGUCGCGUGGCGGUUCUUCUGCUAGCAGCUGUACUACGAAACGCGCGAGCUUCAUCGUCAUAGUUCUUUUCUACGUGAGAGGUAGUUCUCGAAUUUUGAAUCAGGUGAAUGCACAGCAGCGACCAACAAGGUUUUCCAUGUGACAAGCUUAGUAGAAGAACAGAACAAAGGACAAGUAAAAGUAUAGCAAGCAGAGAAAGAGUGAGGGCGUGGCACAAAGAACGCUGUGCCAGGGAGCAGAGUCUUGGCAUAUUGCCGCAAUUCGCUCACUCAUGUUGUUUUCCUGAUGUCGAAGGUGUGUUUCAUCGAAAGUUCUUUGUUGAAGACGCUGUAGUUGUUGCGAAGUUUGUGACUAAAAAGCAAAUAUGUACUCU